AUGGAGUGUUUGAUUGGAAUUAAAGGCAGUGACUACGUUUUGGUUGCAUCUGAUACGAUAGCUGCUAGAUCUAUCAUUGCUUUGAAAAAAGAUAAUGACAAAAUGUUCAAACUUAGUAAGAAAUUGAUGAUGCUGGUGACUGGGGAACCUGGUGAUACAGUCCAGUUUGCAGAAUAUAUUGCCAAGAAUAUUCAGCUUUAUAAAAUGAGGAAUGGUUAUGAACUGAGUCCUACUGCAGCUUCACAUUUUACCAGAAAGAAUUUGGCAGAUUAUUUGAGAACUUAUAGUCCUUAUUAUGUGAACCUUUUAUUGGCUGGCUAUGAUGAAAAACAAGGACCUGCUCUUUUUUAUCUGGAUUAUUUAGCAUCUCUCUCUGAAGUACCCUUUGCUGCUCAUGGCUAUGGUGCCUAUUUCACACUCAGUAUCAUGGAUCGAUAUUAUCGCAAAGAUAUGACUCAGUCUGAAGCCUAUGACUUGUUGUGCCAGUGUGUUGAUGAGAUCAAAAGGAGAUUAAUUGCCAAUCUUCCCUCAUUCCAUGUACGUGUUAUUGACAAAGAUGGUAUUCAUGACUUGCCAACAAUCCAUUCAAAUGUUAUAGAUAAUUGA